AUGGGUCUAAAAAAGAAGAUUACCUCAAAACUCGCCAGAAUCGCUGAGGACAACUGGAUUCCAACUGAAGAAUACCUUUCUGAACUUGUAGCACUUCUCAAUGAUGCCAAAGAUGACACAGAAGCACAGGAGAAAGUGAGGAAUGUCGAUAUGAAAGUGUUGACCAGCUUGCUCACAGCUUAUCGGGCCACGUGUUGUGAUCUCGAUGUUGGAAUUUUCCAAGUGUUGCAGACUCUCGAGAAGUUUGGUACCGAUUUGAGUGAUUUUCAGCCAUUAGUAUUUGGAACAGAAGCCACAAAAAACUAUGAGAAUUUGAGGAAGAUGGGAUUGGAUCUUCACGUUAGAAUCUCUCCGGAUGAUGCCAUCAAGACGUACUUCGAUGCAGCAACACUUUGGAAUACGACAAAAUAUCACGUUCGCCCGCUGACAGAAGAAAACGCCGAGAAAAUCUAUGAUGUUCGUUUUGUUCUUUCCUUUUUCAACUCGAUUCUCCAUCCGGCAUCAUCGCUAACUUCUAAACUAUUUGUCGAGCACAACUGUCUUGCUCUUCUCUUCUCGUGCACUUCGUCCACAGAUUCUUCAGUUCGCACACUCGCAUUUGCUUGUCUGCAGAAGUUUGUGAAUCACUUACAAGAAUUGAAUACAGAGAUUUUCACUGAAAAAGCGCUUAUUCUCUACCUCAUUCGUAUCUUCAAACAUAGUUUCGAUGCGGCUGUUCCCAGAAUUUCGAGCAUCAUCACCCAUUUCUUCGCAAGAGUAUCCAAACUCAUGUUGAAUCCAUCAAGUGAUGUUUAUCCACAGAUUAUGGCAUUCCUCUGUAUGAAGCCAAUUUUCGAUAUUCAAAAUGUGCCAGAAUUCUACAAACUCCUGUUCUCCUCCUCUCCAGAACACCACACCGAAGAACGAGAAUGGGUGUUGACACUGAUUUCCGAGGCAAUGCUUGAACCAAUCGACUAUCAAGUUCUUCAGAACAGAGCUGGUAUCAAGUUGCUUCUCAGUUCAUUCGCAAGUGUCUGGUUGGAUCGAAAAAGUCGAGCUCUGAUUCUACGAACACUUCAAAACGCCGUCCAAAUGCCAUCAGUGGCUCACGAUCUAUUCACGAGAGAAGGUCUUCACAUUUGGAUUACUUCAAUUAUUCAAAGUGCCCGAUUCAAUCGAUGGGAGAAAAACUUUUUGGCACAAGUGUUUUGCAGUCUUCUGGAGAAUGAACGGAAGUAUCAAAGAGGAGAAAAGGGAAAAGAACAGGCGUGUAAAGCUGCCACUGCUGCCGCAAGAAUCUGCAGUAAAAAGAUUAUGACAGUUCUUGAUACCAUCUCAAAAGACCCACAGUUCACUGGGGAGCAGAAGAAAGCGUUGGCUUCGAUUGAGAGAAUUGAGAAGUCGAUUGGAAAAAAGUGGAAGAAAAAGAAGAAGUUCAACACGCCGGAAUAG